AUGGCUUCCUCUGAGGAGUGUUCAGUGUGGAAGACGCCGAAAGUGUACAAACAUCAUGAGCAACAGAGCGUCUGUUAUACACGACCAAAGUAUAGAGAAGGGAGAAGACUCAGAGCCGUCAAGGUGUACACCAUCAAUUUGGAGUCCCGUUUUUUGUUAGUGCAAGGAGUGCCGGCAAUCGGUGUAAUGACAGAGCUGAUUCAACUCUUCGCUCUGUAUGGGGUAAUUGAGGAAUAUCGAGUACUUGACGAGUAUCCUGCAGAACAAUUUACUGAAGUUUACCUCAUUAAAUUCCAAAAGCUGACAAGUGCAAGGGCAGCCAAACGUAACACUGACGAGAAGAGCUUCUAUGGGGGGCUGCUGCACGUAUGUUAUGCUCCUGAAUAUGAGACUGUGGAAGACACAAGACAGAAGCUACAGGAUAGGAGGAGAUAUGUGAACAGAGUCUGUCAAAAUAAAGUAAAACAGAUUGAUCUCACGAAUGAGAAGAGUAUAACACCUUCCUGUAGCAACACGCUAAGAGCACCAAUUCCUCAAAAUGAAGAAGAGGAGUAUGGCUAUGAACAUAAUGGACAGAAUUCAAACACCAGCUGUUACUCAGGUGUCCCGCUAUUGCCGUUACCUCCACAGGAGGGCCAUCCUCCAAGUAAGGGUGCAUUACGAGACAGAAUUUUUCCUGCAGAGGAUAAGAUGGGGUCUCUACACCAGUUCACUGACACCAGAGAACAACCCACAGUCUGUCUAAAACAGGACUCCUUCAGUCAUGGAAACAGACCGGCGAGUGGGAAGACUUUCAAUCCAACACCUUCAGUCAGAUUUAUGCCGAGACCUGCUCACUUAGAGAGCAGGAAGCGUAAGAUGGAGGACAAGGAAGAUACAUCUUUGGAUGUUACAGACAACAUUGCACCUAUAAUUGGACCAAAAUUACCAGAACCACCCAAGAUUGACAUGGAAGAUGAGUCAUUGAACAUCACGGCUAAUUUGAUUAGGAACAAAAUCACAAAGAUUGCCACGGUUCCAGAGCUCAAACCUGCAGAGAAAAACACCACCACUCCAAAGCCUCGUAGAAGAAUUUAAUCAGGCCUUCCCCUCAUACUGGACUCCUACAAUCUACAAUG